AUGGCAGACACCUCCUUCGCGAUCCAACAGUCCAUGUCUGAGAGGAAGCCCCCUCGCAUGCCUAAGUGCGCCCGUUGUCGCAUCCACGGUAUGGUGUCAUGGUUAAAAGGGCACAAGCGAUAUUGUAGGUGGAGAGAUUGCAACUGUGCUCAAUGCACACUGAUCGCAGAGAGGCAGCGUGUCAUGGCGGCGCAAGUGGCGCUUAGAAGACAGCAGACACAGGAGGAGACCAUGCGGGUACAGAUAGCUAAGAAAGCACAGGCGUACGUACCUCCCCUUGUCAGCCCUGAACCGCAGUUUAACCACGGUGUCGCAAGAACUCACUCAGAAGAGGCACAGCCCGUGUACUCGUACCACCGCGCUGACAGUCAAGAGCUGGAAAAGGAAGAGAUUAAAAAAACCCCGAUAACCUCUCAAUCAAAAUCUGUUGAGUCCUAUGAGGUUAAAAUCAAGGAAGAACCAGUGAGUCCGGAAGAUUUUGAGAAAGAUCACGGCUCAGAUGCUGAAGAGAACCACAAGAGAUCUUCCAUUGAUGACGAUAAAGAACCUGAUUUCGAGCGACGAAAAGUACCCCGCCUCUCCCCCCACAGGAAAGAAACGGAAGCAUUUAAAUUUUCUUUAGAACUUCUCCAGCGGAUUUUUCCUGAUCAAAGUAGAGCCAUUCUAGAGCUCAUCCUUGGGGCUUGUGAAGAAGACCUGGUCAAAGCUAUAGAGUCUCUUCUACCGGAGAACAAUCAAAGACCAUUUAGCCUGCCUCUUCCUCUUAGAAGCUACGGUUCUGCUUCCUUUAUCCCCUGCGACGGCAAUCAGGCUAAGUCAGCGUUCUCUCCCAUCGCCAAGUCUCCGUCGUAUAUGUUUCCAGGAGCUCUUGCUGCGCAAGCGCAGUCGUUGAAGAGUCCGAACGACAAAAGCCCCAAUACACCUAGCGCAUUUCAGCCCGUUCAUUCCACGUGCAGCCCACCUGAACGUAGCCCGUCAAUGGCAGAUAGGUUCCAGUUUCCCGUCGUUGCGGGGUAUUUUUUUAACAGGCCUGGCACGUCGGCUCUUCUCUCGCUUAACCCCGCACAGCAGAGGAAUGGGGCAUCUCAGCCGGGAACAAGAUUCUGUAGGCAUUGUGGGCACCCGAGCAAAAUUGGAGACAAGUUUUGCAGUGACUGCGGCAAGUCGUUGGAGUGAACUUAAUAACGAUUGUUAGCCUAAAUAAUUUGAACUGCUGAACAGAAUUUUACAUUACCUUUUCUCAUCUAGAACACUGGAAAAUUAAUCUAGGUGGUUCAGGAGUACAGUGUACUGAUGGCCGCUAAAGAAAUGUGUGUGUCGUGAAGAAAGAAGUGGAGUUAGAAUUUAAUGUGUGUAUUUAGUAAAUCGUGAUCGAUUCGCUACCCCUUGGUAAAGGGGUAACUGGGCAUGCACUUGCUUGUGCAUCAUUCGACCUCAACCCCAGGGUUCCUCUCUCUCUCUCUCUCUCAUCAGGAAGGAGAAGAAUUCUAGACACGAUGAUGGGUAUGAUAAGGAAUUUUUUAAUGU